AUGGACUUUGUCAAGAAAGUGGCCGACGGGAUUGGUGGCAGUGGCAACAACCAGUCGGGUCGGGAGAAUGAGAACAACCAGGGAAGCAACGGUAACAACAGCGAUGCUGGAGCCAAGCUGAUGGAUUCGUUUAACAGCAUGGCUGGUGGGGGCAAGCAGGGCGAGGCGAACGAGGAUGGGCUUGAUAAAGCCGUCGACUUUGUUCAAGAAAAGGUCCUCGGGGAAGGCGACCAGUCCAACGAGAGCGCGGCAGAGCAGGCCAAGGACGAGGCCAUAUCUGAUUUCAUUCGCGACAAGUACAAGGAAACCACCGGAAAGGACUUCUUCAUCGCCGACAAGGAUAAGAAAUACGGCCUCUAG